GACUGGGCCUGCGAGUGGGUCCAACAGCUGCAAGCACUGACGUCGACCCUGCUGCUGCUGCUGCGGCUGCUCUCGGGAUCGCCUCAACUUUCUGCAGCUCCGGCGCCGAACCCUGACCACAUCAGUCACUGGAAUCUCGCACCUCCCACGCCGACCAGAGGGCAGAUGUGAGCUUUGUCGCCGACAAUGCCCCUUACAACCACACAGAGGGCGCUCAUGCCCGCAAUCCGGGCCGGCUUGUCCCCGUCGACCGGGACCUGGAGAGCUCUCGCGUCCGUCGUCGCAUCGUCAAGCAGCGGCGGCGGCGGCAGCAGCAGCAUCAGCAGCCGAUUACCGAGCCGACAACUCCAACAGACACGGGGCCCGCGGCCGCAAACUCGCCCCUUCCACAGCACACGACGGAAUGGCCUUCCCAGCAACAUGGGCUCGGGCCUGAUGCCGCCGACCUACUUCCAGAAAUCCAGCUCGCUGCCCAUGAACACCAUCAUCCGCUUCGUCCCGCAGCAAACGGCCUGGAUCGUCGAGCGCAUGGGCAAGUUCAACCGCAUCCUGCAGCCGGGUCUCGCCAUCCUGAUCCCCUUCAUCGACCGCAUCGCCUACGUCAAGUCGCUCAAGGAGGUCGCCAUCGAGAUCCCCUCCCAGAGCGCCAUCACCGCCGACAAUGUCACCCUCGAGCUGGACGGCGUCCUCUACACCCGCGUGUUUGACGCCUACAAGGCGAGCUACGGGGUCGAAGACGCCGAGUACGCCAUCUCGCAGCUGGCGCAGACGACGAUGCGGUCCGAGAUCGGGCAGCUGACGCUGGACCACGUGCUCAAGGAGCGGGCGGCGCUCAACACCAACAUCACGGCGGCCAUCAACGAGGCGGCCCAGGCCUGGGGCGUCACCUGCCUGCGCUACGAGAUCCGCGACAUCCACGCGCCCAAGCCCGUCGUCGAGGCCAUGCACCGCCAGGUCACGGCCGAGCGCUCCAAGCGCGCCGAGAUCCUCGACUCGGAGGGCCAGCGCCAGAGCGCCAUCAACAUCGCCGAGGGCAGGAAGCAGAGCGCCAUCCUGGCCAGCGAGGCCGAGCGCGCCGAGAAGAUCAACCGCGCCGCCGGCGAGGCCGAGGCCAUCCUGCUGCGCGCCCGCGCCACCGCCGCCGGCAUCGAGGCCGUCGCCCGCGCCAUCGCAGAGGGCAAGGACGCCGCCCAGGGCGCCGUCAGCCUCUCGGUCGCCGAGAAGUACGUCGACGCCUUUGCCAAGCUGGCCAAGGAGGGCACCGCCGUCGUCGUGCCCGGCAACGUCGGCGAUAUCGGCGGCAUGAUCGCCACCGCCCUGAGCGUGUACGGAAAGGUGGGCGAUGCGCAGGCCAGGACCAUGGCCAAAGAAUUGUUGGCCAAGGGCGGGAUUAUCGAUGCCGAGACGCCCGCGGUGGCCUCCUCUACUACUUCUACCACUACCACCACCGAGGGGAGAGCAGAUUCCGCUUCGCAGUCCGCUCCGGCACCGGAGAAGAGUGCGUAAGAAGGGUAAGGUGAUGGAAGAGGACCUGGCGCGCAUAGGAAAUUGGGGAAGGGACAAUCAAGGCAGCAUAAGCAGCAAGUUGUCCCAGGAAUGGACGGAAAGGGGGAAGAAAAAAAAAGGGGGGGAGGGGACAACAUCUGACUCUGUAUAUCAUUUUC